CUAUGUUGUGCUAUACUCCAAGUUAUCUCAUCUACGAUCUCCACAACCCUUUUGCUCUCACCUCUUUAAUCACACUGAAUCAUACAUCAAUCAAAAUCUUUUCCUUCACACAACAAGAUCCAAGCAUGUUUAGAUCCAUGACUACUCGGAGAGGGUAUGAAAGAUUAGGCAAAGAAUCUGCCACCACUGCACUUUUGCAUGAGGGGUUCAAGAGGAGCACAAGUUUGCCUUCUUGGGGAUCCAAUUCUUCAAGAAAAAUGGCUCUUGGUUCCACCUAUGGAGAAAUCAAUCUAAAGAGAAACCCCACAAAGAAGGGUAAUAAUAGUGACAAGAAGAGUCACCCACUUCUCAGCUUCUUGGCUCUUCGUAGGAAAAAGAAAACAACAGCAAGGCCUGAAUUUGCAAGGUAUCUUGAGUACCUCAAGGAAGGAGGCAUGUGGGAUUUGAAUUCCAAUAAACCUGUGAUGUAUUACAAAUGAUCAUAGCAAGUUUGCUUCGGGUUUGAAUGCAAAAUUAAUUUGUUGGCAUAUUAAUACGUUAAGAGUUUAUAUAGUACUACUACUAUUUGAUUCUUAAUUAUGUCCAAUUACUUUGACAAGAUGUAGAGUAUGGUUACUUUUGCUAUUAAUUAAUCAUUCAUUUGAAUAA